AGAGAGAGACAGAGAGAGAGGGAGGGAGAAAGAGAGCGUAGAUGGUAGUCCAGUAGACAGCUGGAGAAGCUUGAGACUGGUCAGUGGACACACGUUCAGUGUUUUUUUUAGCCAGCUUCUUGGCUUAGACCCACAGGAAGACGGGAGAUUCUCACUGACCACAAGCACCAGAGUUCUCUUCUGACCUCCCAGGAGACCCAGAACCCCAGACUCUGGACUACGUACCCCCCCCCCCCCCCCCACACUUCCCCCCAGGUGUCGUCCUGGAGACCAACUGCCCCUCUGAGGUGGCGGCGGAGGGUGAGUGCUGUGGUAGCUGCAUCCCUCCGGCUGCACCCUCGCUGCCUCCUCCACCCACAGUGGCACUGCCCUCUUUGGCCUGCGUGGAGUUCUGCCAGGAUGGUGACAUCAGCUUAACCACAGACAGGGGAAUGAUUGGCCAGGAUUCUAAUAUGGAGGACACUUCAUUGCAGAAUAAAGUGGACAGGAUACCUUUUCAGAUCUUCCCCGACCCAGUGGAGGUGGUCCUGGGGCCUGAGGGCUCUCUCCACUGCCUGGACUACGACCACGAGAAGGAGCGCCUGCCCUCCAUCGUGGUGGAUCCUGUCGACGUCAGCGAGGUGGAGAGCGGCGAGCUACGCUGGCCUCCAGUAGAAAUGGACUUUGAGGAGGACGAGGACCUGUUCCUGGAGCAGUGCAUCCCCCCGGCCAACAUUGCUGACUGGGGGGAGGAAGAGGAGGAAGAGGAGACCUCCGUUAUUUUCAACAACCAGCAAAACAUGUCCCUCAUAGACCUUCAAUCCGAUGCAUAUACAGACGACACCCCUACUCUACCACCUGACAGUGCACCUGCAUUAGGCCACUAGGCCACUCCUAGUAUCGAACCCCCGCUGUUAUCUUGGGGAAACUUCGCACCAGGAUACAAGAGAUCAAUGGGCAACAGAUCCCUGGACGUAAUGGACUAACAGAUGUUUGUGUAACACAUAAACCAGAUUGUAGCCAUGUGGAGUUGAAGAGUGGUGUUAGUAUUCUAUGCAAUGGAUAAUUGAUAUGUCUUACUUUUAGCAUACAUAGAAAUAUCUGUCAAGUAUUUGUACAUAUUUAACAGCACUGGUGUAAGUGCUUGGAGAAAUAAAGGAAAUUCUCACAUGACAAGACACAUGCACACACAUUGUGUAAUCGUGAAAUAAUGUUAAA